AUGACUGCGAGGGAGGAUGAUGCUCAGCCCACGUGGAUAACAAUUCCUGAUGAUCUUCUCAUUAUGACCAACGACGAUAAAAUUGCAGCUAUUGUGACCGAGGUAUACCCCAACUUUCUUACAUCAUAUAGAGACCCAACAUACCUUGCUUCAUGUGCAAUUGUUUGCCCUACCAAUGCAGUAGUUGAUGAGUUAAAUGAUUAUGUUGUUGGUUUAGUUCCAGGAAAUUCAACAACGUACUUAAGCUGCGAUACAAUAUCAAAAUGCUCUGAGCAAAUACCGGACUUUGACAUGUUAUACCCACUUGAAUUCCUUAAUUCUAUUAACGCAACAAACUUUCCUACACACAAACUUGUCUUGAAAGAAGGUGUUGUCGUUAUGCUCCUCCGAAACCUGAACCAGUCAGCUGGCCUCUGCAAUGGAACAAGGCUGUUAGUUACUAGCUUAGGUCAGAGAAUCUUGCAGUGUAUCAUACUGACUGGAUCAAACAUCGGUGAAACUGUUUACAUACCGAGAAUCACAUUAAGCACAUCAAAACUGAAAUGGCCUUUUACACUGCAAAGAAGGCAAUUUCCAGUUCGGGUUUGUUAUGCAAUGACUAUCAACAAAAGCCAGGGACAAACCCUCGACCAGGUUGGCAUAUACCUUACAAAACCUGUUUUCACACAUGGCCAGCUUUAUGUUGCUGUUUCAAGGGCAACAAGUCGAUCAAGGCUCAAGAUAUUGAUCCAGAAUGAUGAUGGAUCAUGUGGAAACCAAACAAGAAAUGUUGUUUAUGUUGAGAUACUUGCAGCGGUGCAUCAAGCGGCUAUGCCGCUUCAGAUGUAG